AUGGCUAAGAACUUACGACUCGGUCAGUACAAAUCCAUCAACGCACUAGCAAAGGUCUUUGAACUCAGAGAUGAAGGGAGGUACCUCUUCUUCCUUGAGAAGUACAAGCCAUUCUGACUGGACAAGAACUUCCCCAAAAUUGAAGCUGAUUUUGAGAAGAAACAGCUCGAUGCAAAGUCACUUUAUUGGAUGGUCAAGGAUAUGGCAGACAGAGCUGACAAGUGUGCAGCCAAGGAUAUUAUAGCUACGACCAAGAAAAUGCAAACUUGAGCUGAGAAGGAAAACCUUGAUGAAUUUUGGUCCCACUUCCCUACUUUAAAGGAAAAUGUCACCCAUUUCGUAGAGGAUUAUUAUAAGAUUUUUCCUCAUUUGAAACCUGCAGAGGAAGUGAAAAAUGAGACACCUGGUGAACCUAAAGAGGAGCCUAAAAAGGAUCCAGAUGAGCAGAAGGAAAAAACACCUGAGGAUAAGAAGGAGGCUUCAAAUAAGGCUUUUAAUGCCAUCCCAGAAAUCCCUCCACAUAAAAGUCAACCCAAGCAAGAUUUGGAUGCUCCAAUUAAGAAAAAGAAUUUCUUCGCCAUGCUAGACGAAGAAGAUGAAGUUAUUAUGAAAAUUAAGGAGCAAAAGAGUCAAAAUAAAUAAAAUUAAAGUCAAUAUCAGAGAAAAUGCUGAUAAAGAGAAGGAUACUAAAAGACCAGGUCUCGAUCGACUUAAGGAGUUCAAAAUAGCCAAUGAUGAGGAGGAUAGGAUUAUUAAGAAUGCUAUCGAGGUAUCAAAUGCGAUCAGUAAUGAUCCUGCUUUAAAUAAACUACCAGAAAAGAGCCCAUUCAGAAAAUAAAUUAGCAGCAGAGGCACCUGCUCAGCUCCCUACUCCCAAAAAGAGCUCCUUCGAAGCUCCUGCAUCCUACAUGAAAAAGGAAAGCGAGGAAGACAAACUCUUCAAAGCUGGAAAAUAAACUCCGAAAGUUGAGAGAUAUGCAAAUAAAGAGCAAUUAUGAAGAAAAAGGCCAGUUCUCCUCCAGAUUUGACGAUAAUAAAGACACCAUAACAAACCCUAUUCAAAAAUAUGACAACUCCACUUCCACUGCCCAACAACAUAAAUCUCAAAAGCCCUCUUACAGCACAGAACCUGGUCAUAACACAAAGAUUGGGCUUAACUCUGAAAUGAAGAAGGUUUCUGAGAAAGCAGAAGAACUUGAACAGACUAAGCCGAAAGUGUCAGGCUUAAGGAAGGAAGAGGAUAUAUUUGCACAGAUUAGAAAUGAUCCGGACUUGAAGAAAGUAGGUGGGCCGAAGAGACGAGCCUCUGAUGGUAUCGGCCCAGUUGAGGAGAAGAGAGAGAGUGAAGGUGGAAAUAAGGGUUUUAAGGAAGAUUUUAGAAUUUUGUCGAUGAGGGCAGAGACUCCUUCUAUGAAUAAACCUGAAAUUGAGAAGGGGAAGUUGUCCAAAGUGUCCUCAGAGAAUCCUAAUCUCAAUCUUUUAGCAAAAAUACCGUCUUUUAAACCUCAGAUUGGUGAAAAUAAGCUGGGGAUGAGAGAUAAACCUCUCACUCAGCAGAUUAACUCACCAGUUGAGCCUAUUAAGGAGGUUGUUAAAGAGAACUUAAAAGAGCCAGAAGAGGAAGUUAAGGCUAAGCCUCAGGCUCAGCCUGACCCUGAUCCGAAGAUAGAACCUGAAAUAAAAGAAAAACCUAGAGAAGAAAGAAAAGGUAAAAUAUUUUUCAAGCCAAGGAACUCCAAAAAGGACAACAAGGAAAAACAAUCUAACACUAAGGAUAAUAAUAGAAAAGAUAAGAAGAUCGGACAGAAACCAAUUCACUUGAUGAACCCAGGAAGGAAGCCCAACCUCAACCUGCACGGGAUAGACUCAGAUGACGAGAAUGAUUAUCCGUUUGAUGAUGGAUUUAAGUGAGUUAUUUUCUAGAUUUCAAAAAUAAGCACUCUCUAUGAAUAAAUUUUC